AUGGAUGAAGACUGUCACGAUGGUCGGCCGUCUGACAGACAGCGCUACACACUCACAGACCAGACAAAAAUAGUGGUGGGGGAACCUCAGAACGUCUGUGGUCUGAGGGUUCAACCAUCAGACACGCAGACCGUCUGGUCCGAGAAAAUCGGUCUGCAGACAGCCCCACACACGAUAAGACAAGUGCCAGACGACAGACCAGACGGUCUGGUCUCGGAAAAAAACCGCACCGCACAGCGGAGAUUCCGCAUCUUGUGGAACCAUAGCUUAAUAGAUAAGGCUUUUGUCCAGGUCCCAAAACGCAGCUGCCGAUGUGGUUUUUCACUAAAAACAUCGUCUGAGAAAACUUCUGCUUUGGAAGAAAAAUCCAAGAAAUCCAAGAAAAUGAGGAUUGACUGCUACUUCAAGAAAGAAGACAUCUAUACACCAACCCAAUCUACAUCAUCAAGAAAUGAUACUUCAUCAACAUCACAACAGGAUGAAAUGGAUUCCAGUGAAAAGGACUUCUAUACACCAUGGAAGAUAGUUGUCCUACAUAAAGCUCAAGUAGUCGCAGAAGCCCAAGUAGCACUAGAAGGUCAAGUAGUCGCAGAAGCUCAAGUAGUCGCAGAAGCUCAAGUAGUACGCAGAAGCCCAAGUAGCACUAGAAGGUCAAGUAGUCGCAGAAGCUCAAGUAGUCGCAGAAACUCAAGUAGUCGCAGAAGCUCAAGUAGCAGUAGAAGAUCAAGUAGCACUAGAAGCUCAAGUAUUCGCAGAAGCCCAAGUAGUCGCAGAGCUCAAGUAGUCACAGAAGCCCAAGUAGCACUAGAAGCUCAAGUAGCACUAGAAGCUCAAGUAGCACUAGAAGCUCAAGUAGUACUAGAAGCUCAAGUAGUACCAGAAGCUCAAGUAGCACUAGAAGCUCAAGUAGCACUAGAAGCUCAAGUAGCACUAGAAGCUCAAAGAAGGUCAAGUAGUCGCAGAAGCUCAAGUAGUCGCAGAAACUCAAGUAGUCGCAGAAGCUCAAGUAGCACUAGAAGCUCAAGUAGCACUAGAAGCUCAAGUAGCACUAGAAGCUCAAGUAGCACUAGAAGCUCAAGUAGCACUAGAAGCUCAAGUAGCACUAGAAGCUCAAGUAGCACUAGAAGCUCAAGUAGAAGGACUUCACCUGUCACGGGAUAA